AAUUCCCGCUUCGCCUUCCCCGCCCUCUAAAUUCCUCUCCCUCUCCCUUUCCUUCCAACUCCCCGCCCUUUGAUUCGCAAUCUUUCUCUUCUCUUCACUGUGAAUCAUGGAGCUACCACCGUCCAAAAGGUACAAGCUUCUCCACCAACAAGAAGACCUCUCCCAUGGUCCUUACUUCCUCGAAUCUCUCCCUGCGAAAAAGAGAUUAGCCUGCUUCACAGCAGCCGUCUGCCUCCCGGCCAAAAAGAGAGUAUGGGCUCCUUUCCACGCUUCCUCUAUCGACCUCAACCUGCGGCCUGGUGACGAAGCUGAGGAAGAAGAGGGACCGAAGGAACCAGCCAACUGCGGAGAACAAGCAGACGAGGAAGAUGACGGUGUCAUCUGUGCAGUCUGCCGGAGCACCGACGGCGACCCACUCGACCCCAUCGUGUUCUGUGACGGCUGCGAUCUCAUGGUUCACGCUUCCUGCUAUGGCAGCCCUCUCAUCGAUUCGAUCCCUGAAGGCGACUGGUUCUGCACGCUGUGUGAGCGUCGGCCCGAGAAGGGGGCUGCGGAGACGAGUUGCUGCCUCUGCCCCGUGCAGGGCGGCGCGAUGAAGCUGACGGAGGAUGGCCGGUGGGCGCACAUCGUGUGCGCUCUCUUCGUGCCGGAGGUCUUUUUCCGGGACCCCAAAGGCCGAGAGGGUGUCGACUGUUCCCGCGUCCCUGAUAGGCGGUGGAAGCAGAUAUGCUAUCUUUGCGGCGCGGCCGGUGGGUGUGCAGUCGAGUGCUCGGAGCCCAAAUGCAGGUUGAGUUUCCAUGUGUCAUGCGGGCUGGAGCAGCGGCUUUGCUUUGAGUACAAGGAGUGGCGCGGUGCGGCCAUUGUUGCCGGAUUCUGUGCGGAGCACACAAAGCUCUGGGUGAAGCAACAACAAAGUGGAAAGUUCAGGAUCGUGGCAAGGGAGGAGCAGGAGGAUCGAAAGGGGAAGGGCAAAGCUUGAAGCUGGGUUGCCUUGCAGGGUGCAACUCUGUUGGUUCUUGUUCAUUUACAGCUUUGUCUUAACUUGGUGUUCUGUUUUAUUUAAAGUUCCUGAUCUUGAUAACCUUUUGAAUGUGUGGAGGUGCUGGAUUUUGAUUCAGAAAUUACAGUAUGUCUUGCAAACUCCAAUUGAUAUUUAAAUUUAUUGUGUU